CGUUGAACAAAACACACACGCCUGCCUCUUUAUUUCGUGCACAUGGGGGCCGCACAUGCCGACCCACCCAGCCAACUUGGAGCAGCAACUUGCGCCCAAUUACGUGCCAGUGUCGCGCGCUAUUUAAGGGCAAGAAGAGAGUGACGGCCGAUUAAGCCACCAUAAACGGCAACGAAGAUUUCCUCUCAGCCUGAGCUUCAUCGCCAUGGAUUACUACUACCCAAUGGAGGAGGAGGUGGUGCACCAGCAGCAGCAUCCGGGACUCAGGGCGGCGCAGUUGCCAUGGCAGUGGCAGUGGCGCCUCUUCUCCCUGCUCUCUCCUCCGGCGGCGGCAGCGGCGCAGCAGCCGCGCCGGCCGGCCAACCAUGUCAGCUGGGAGGAGACCGCCGCCGCGCACCUCUUCUCCGCCAGCCUCCCGGGCGUGCGCAAGGAGGAGAUCAGGGUGGAGGUAGAGGACGCGAGGUACCUCGUCAUCCGCACGGAGCUGGACGGCGCCACCGCCGCGGGCGCGGAGGGAGACGGCGGCGCCGUCGGACUGGGGAGGAGGAGCUUCGACAGGAAGUUCCGGCUGCCGGGGAUGGUGGACGUGGACGGCAUCUCGGCGGAGUACACCCACGGCGUGCUGACCGUGACGGUCCCAAGGAUGCACACCCGGGCCCGGCCCGUCGUCGGCCUCCUCGGCGCCGGGCCGGCCGCCGACUCCGCGGCCCGGGCCGCCUGAAUGAAGUCGAUUUUUACAUUAUUAUAGUAGCUUUCUAUUAAAGAUUAGUAUCGUGCUGGUGCUUUGCUACAGUCAAAACGAAUUUCCUCUAUGCAUUAAUAUUUAUCUUAAAAAAUUAUUUGUGCA